AUGUCUAUGGAUUUCCCUGCCGAAGAGGAAAAAAUCCUCAACGGGUGGAGAGAGAUUGACGCCUUUAGAAGGCAGGUUGAGCUCUCUCGAGGCCGCAAGCCUUAUACCUUCUAUGAUGGUCCACCAUUCGCAACAGGUCUCCCACAUUAUGGCCAUCUGCUGGCUUCCACUAUCAAGGAUAUCAUUCCCCGAUAUUGGUCUAUGAAGGGUCACUAUGUCGAGCGGAGAUUCGGAUGGUAUUUCGUAUUGCUAACAUCCCCACGGGAUUGCCACGGUGUGCCCGUCGAAUACGAGAUCGACAAGAAACUCGGCAUGUCCGGCCUUCAAGCAGUCGAGAAAUUCGGUAUCGAGAAGUACAACGAAGAGUGUAGGUCUAUUGUCAUGCGAUUUUCUUCGGAGUGGCGUCAGACUAUUGAACGACUUGGUCGCUGGAUUGACUUCGACAAUGAUUACAAGACUAUGGACCCCUCUUUCAUGGAAUCUAUCUGGUGGGUUUUCAAGGAGCUCUUCGACAAGGGCAUGGUUUACAAAGGUCAUCGCGUCAUGCCUUACUCGACCGCACUCAACACCCCGCUUAGCAACUUCGAGGCCCAGCAAAACUAUAAGGAUGUGCAGGACCCAGCAGUUGUUGUAACCUUCCCUCUGUUAGAUGAUCCAGAAACAUGCUUGCUGGCUUGGACGACGACUCCAUGGACUCUUCCAUCUCACACCGGCCUGUGUGCGCACCCCGACUUUGAGUACGUCAAAAUUUGGGACGAGGCCACCAAGAAACACUAUGUUCUCUUGGAGACUUUGCUUAAAACCAUCUACAAGGACCCCAAGAAGGCCAAGUUCAAGAUUGUCUCUCGCUUGAAGGGAUCCGACAUGCUGGGAUGGAAGUACGAGCCCUUGUUCCCUUACUUCCAGGACGAAUUCAAGGAGCAUGGUUUCCGCGUUCUAAAUGAUAAUUACGUCACUGCCGACGCUGGUGUUGGUGUUGUUCACCAAGCUCCUGCAUUCGGUGAGGACGAUUACCGAGUUGCGUUUGAGGCUGGCGUCAUUAAUGAGACUCGCUAUCCGCCCAACCCGGUUGACCCUAAUGGUUUCUUUACGGAAGAGAUCACUGAUUUUGCCGGACAACAUGUCAAGGAAGCUGAUAGGGCCAUUAUUAAAUACCUUAAGGGUACUGGCCGUAUCCUAGUUGACAGCCAGAUUACUCACUCAUAUCCCUUCUGCUGGAGGAGUGACACACCUCUUAUCUACCGUGCCGUGCCUUCUUGGUUUGUCAAGGUCACCCCUAUCAUUCCCCAGAUGCUUGACAGCAUUGAGAAGUCUCACUGGACCCCGGACUCCGUUAAAACAAAACGCUUCUCUACCUGGAUUGCCAAUGCCCGCGACUGGAAUGUCUCUCGUAACCGUUUCUGGGGUACCCCCCUUCCUUUGUGGGUGUCUGAUAAUAUGGAAGAGAUUGUGGCCGUGGGAAGUGUCCAGGAGCUCAAGGAUCUCAGCGGCUACCAGGGUGAGCUAAACGAUAUUCACCGCGACAAGGUUGAUCACAUCACCAUUCCUAGCAAAAAGGGUAAUGGUGUACUUCGCCGUACUCCUGAAGUCUUUGAUUGCUGGUUUGAGUCAGGCAGCAUGCCCUACGCUUCUAAGCACUAUCCCUUUGAGAAUAAGGAACAGUUCGAGAAGGGCUUCCCUGGUGACUUUAUUGCUGAGGGAUUAGACCAGACCCGCGGAUGGUUCUACACAUUGUGUGUUCUAUCUACUCAUCUUUAUGGCCACAUUCCAUUCCGUAACUGUGUCACCAACGGCAUUGUUUUGGCCGAGGAUGGUAAAAAGAUGAGUAAGCGAUUGAAGAACUACCCUGACCCUACCCUGAUCAUCGAUCGUUAUGGCUCGGAUGCUCUCCGUCUGUAUUUGAUCAACUCGCCUGUGGUUCGCGCCGAGCCCCUGCGAUUCAAAGAGUCCGGCGUUAAGGAUGUUGUCAGCAAGGUUCUUCUUCCUUUGUGGAACAGUUAUAAGUUCUUUGAGGGCCAGGUCACUUUGAUCAAGAAGGCUUCUGACGUUGAUUACAUGUUCGACCCCAAGGCAGAGGCUACCAACACCAAUGUCAUGGAUCGAUGGAUCUUGGCCAGUUGCCAGAGUCUUCUGAAGUUUGUUAACGAGGAAAUGGCCGGUUACCGGUUGUACACUGUUGUGCCUCGCUUACUGGAGUUGAUCGAGAACACUACCAACUGGUACAUCCGAUUUAACCGUAAGCGUCUUAAGGGUGAGAAUGGUGUCCCUGACACUCUUCAUGCAUUGAACACCCUUUUUGAAGUCCUUUACACCCUGGUGCGGGGUUUGGCUCCUUUCACACCCUUCCUUACCGACAACAUCUACCAGCGUCUUCUCCCUCACAUCCCGGAGUCGCUCCGCGGCGAGGAUAGCCGCAGUGUCCACUUCCUUCCUUUCCCCGAGGUGCGCCAAGAGCUGUUUGACGAGGUGAUUGAGCGUAGAGUCGCCCGUAUGCAGAAGGUCAUUGAGUGUGGUCGUAUGAGCCGUGAGCGCAGAUCUAUUGGCUUAAAGACCCCUCUGAAGACUUUCGUUGUGAUUCACCAGGACCAGCAGUAUCUGGAUGACGUCAAGUCUCUCGAAGGAUACAUCUUGGAGGAACUCAAUGUUCUUGAGCUCGUUCUCACAAGCGAUGAGGAGAAAUACAACAUUCAGUACAGUGUUGUCGCCGACUGGCCCACUCUGGGUAAGAAGCUCAAGAAGGACAUUCAGAAGGUGAAGAAGGCCCUUCCUUCGCUCUCCAGCGAGAACGUCAAGGAGUAUGUUGCCGACAAGAAGAUCCUUGUUGACGGCAUUGAAUUGGUCGAGGGUGAUCUCGUGGUGAAGCGAGGUAUCAAGGAGGAUGCCAACUCAUCGGGCAUGGAGCCUAACGCUGACGCGGAUGUUAUCACUAUCCUUGACGCAAACUUAUACCCAGAGCUGGCACACCAAGGUCUUGGUCGUGAGGUCAUUAACCGAGUCCAGAAGUUGCGUAAGGCCGCAGGCUUGGUCCCCACUGAUGAUAUUAAGAUGGAGUACACUGUGCUUUCGGAUCCGGAUAACAUUGGUCUCAGUGAAGCCUUUAAGUCUCAAUCUCCAGCCAUUGAGAAGGCUAUUCGCCGACCACUGGAUGAGGUGGCCCUGGUUGACGGCAAGGUUCCUGCUGUCGAUGAGGCAAUUCUCAUCUCCUCGGAGGAGCAAGAAGUGCAAAGCGCAACUUUCCUUCUGCGUUUGCUCAAACUAUAG